AUGCCUGCCCUCUCCUCCGCCGCGACAGCCAUCCUCUCCAACCCGCUCCUCUCCACUCCGGCUCUCAACUAUGGGCCAGAUGAUGGAGAUCCCUCCCUCCGCGCUGAGAUCGCCCGCUGGCUCUCUGACUUCUACUCCCCGCCGUCCCCCGUACCAGCUUCCCGCAUCUGUAUCACCGGUGGAGCCAGCCAGAAUCUCGCCUGUCUACUCCAGGUAUUCUCUGACCCGCUGUACACUAAGAAUGUAUGGAUGGUGGCGCCGACGUAUCACUUGGCUUGUAGAAUUUUUGAUGAUGCGGGGUUUGCGGGGCGGUUGAGGGGGGUGAGGGAAGAUGAGGAGGGGUUGGAUGUAGCGGAACUGGAGACGGGCUUGGAGAGGAGUGAGGAACGAACAAGAGCUGAAUGGAAGCGGGUGGGCGACUGGAAUCGAAACCAGGGCGAGGAAAAUCUUGAACUGAGAUGCGCCUUCAAACCUUCCCGUCCUUGGCGAAAGCUGUAUAAGCAUAUCAUCUACACAACCCCUACAUUUUCAAACCCUUCGACAAAGAUAAUGAGUCUGCGGCGUCGGGAAGAGCUUGUCCGGCUUGCGAGAAAAUACGACGCCCUAAUCAUCUCCGACGACGUAUACGAUCAUCUUCAAUGGCCUGCUUUUCCAUCCGUAUCGGCUAAGGAAAAAUAUCCACACAAAGCCGUUGUUUCUCGUAUCGUCGAUGUUGAUCGAUAUCUCGAUGGCGGGCCAUCAGGAGAGUUCGGAAAUGCCGUUAGCAAUGGCAGUUUUAGCAAACUCAUCGGCCCUGGAUGUCGCGUUGGCUGGGCGGAAGGGACUGAAAAACUUGUCUAUGGUCUGUCACAGGUUGGCUCCUCGCGUUCGGGUGGCUGUCCCUCGCAGUUCACAUCAACUUUCAUCCGCGAGCUACUAGCUUCAAACGCACUAAAAACGCAUAUCAGAACCAUCCUGCAACCUGCGUAUUCAAAACGCUACCACACCCUCACGACAGCCGUGCAAAAACACCUCGUCCCUCUCGGCGUGUCGUUGCCAACUGGUCCAGCAAAUGAAACUUCCACUGACGCCGUGAGAAAUGGCAGCACGAUCAGCGCUUGUACCAACGGUAAGGGUGCUAUUGCAGGCGGUUACUUCCUUUGGCUUCGCCUCCCACCCGGCCUGAGAGCUAGCGACCUAGCGAAGAAGGCGCAUGAGGAAGAGAAUUUGAUUAUUGCCAAUGGAAGUUUGUUUAAAGUUGUUCGCGAGGGUCCUGGAGACGGCAAUGGUGAUGGUGGCGGAGAGAAGGAGCCGGAAGAUUUUGAGGGGUUUGUGAGGUUGUGCUUCGCGUGGGAGGAAGAAGAGAAGUUUGAUGAAGGGGCAGCGAGACUUGCGAGGUUGAUUCGGAGGGAAAUGCAUAGAGCAGAUUCGUAA